CAUACUCGUUUUCUGGUGGGCGACCACGGUCAGGAUGAUCACUUGAAUCCUGAGGCGACGCCUUGGCGGACUCCUGCUCAGAUGAUCGAUAGCGCGCACCAAGGGCGUGGUGGCUAUGGAACAGCAUCAUUUUUCAACCUGGGUCCUACCAGAGGCGGAUUAGAUUCCAGCAAGAUGAAUGCAUAUGGAACUUCAUCCGCCUACAACACAAACCUUUCUGCAGCUGGAAACACGAUGGCGCUUUCUUGUGGCUACAAUACGUUUUUCGACAUCGACGACUUCUCACCGAGUGGCGCGAUUACACCAGUGAAUUUUCCAAACGAACAUUUACCUAGGAGCCCUGACGAACCAGAUGGGGACGAUGAUGUAGUUCUUGAUGAAACUGGAAAGGAGGGAACUGAACACGAGAAUAUUAAGGACAAGACCAGAAAAGAUAAACCCGCUGCAGAACAACAGUCAAGAACUACAUCCUCGAUUCUGGGUCGUGGUGGAUAUACAAGUACCUUUUUCGUUCCGUCAACACACGAGGACGAACAACGAGGGACGAGCAACGCUUCCGGUGGCGUCGAUAGCUCAUGUGCUCACCUUUCUGCUGUACCCUCUAGUGCAACAACUCCAGCAGACCUAAUGUUCCCAUCAGGAGGUCGGUUUGCGGGACAAAGCGUAAGCCUUGUCUGGGACAUGGAUCCGGCUUACUGUAUUAACCGGUACCGCACUGCUAGAUUCCGACAGCGCUAUCCUGCCCACACAAAACUGAUCCAGACGCUUUUACAGACGACGCGUCCGGAGUUGCUAGAAACGGUUAGUACACGACGAGGAGGUCUUGAGGGUGCUGGUGGUAGUACUAGUAGGGGGAGUGGAAAAUAAACGAAAAAGGGGAAACGACGUAGUUGGGUCUUGAUAUCAGAAAAUUCAUGUCCCCGACAAACCUAAUGUCCCCUUUGAUCAUGAUGUACGAGUUGUAGUAUCCUUUGUUUUCCUUAGAACUCUUCAUAAUAUGAAACUGAUGAAGCUAGAAAUCGAUCCCUAUUCUUUAGUCUUGAGAAAUAUAAAUUGUCCUUCCUAUCGCAGUCGCAUCCAAUUGUAAAGGUUGCUACUCGAGGACAAGCAACAUGAAAAGACAACGCACUUUACCAAACGCAGCUUCAUCAAGUCUUUACCAUACCCUUUAGCAUGAACAAGACGAAGGAACCUGAGUAUUAGAGCCUCGUGAAUCUCCAUGUCAGAGACCUUCUAAAAGAAAAUGCUGCU